CGUCAUUUUCCCCUGGAUGCAACGGCCCUCAAAGAUUUGACCAUUAUUGGGGAAUUGCGCUCAAUCAUCCGCUUCUACGAAAUAUUCUCUUUCCGCCGCAUCCUAAACUUAUUGCUGCACCUUUUAAAAAAGACUUCAAUUCCUUCCUUCUGACCUUCCGGAGGAUCCUUUGCACGGGUUUCUUCAUUUUCUUCUCUUUUCUUCGUAUUACUUGAUAUUGUCACUCCUUUCCGCGCUCGACCAGUUCGCACGCGCGUUGAACACUCCGACUAUUCCUACGAUCGCGUGCCCAAUAUGGACGUCCUCAAGUCCAUUUCCCUACCGUCCCUCGACCAUCCAUUCGGUGUUCCACUAUGGCCCAUCUUCGCGAAAGGCUACUCAGCCAUUUUUGGUUACGACCCAAUUGACUUUGACUUUACGCCUGGCCAGACGCCCAUGUCAACAUACAAAGAGACGGCGAUUGCUUUGAUCUCGUACUACGUUAUAAUAUUUGGUGGAAGAGAAUUGAUGAAGAAUCGCGAGCCUUUCGUCCUCAAGGGUCCCUUCAUCAUUCAUAACCUUUACUUGACCCUCAUUAGUGGUGGACUGCUGGCACUUUUCAUCGAACAACUUUUGCCCGAACUUGUCCGGAACGGCGUCUUCCACGCAAUUUGCAGCUACGAUGGAGGCUGGACCAAAGAGUUGCAAAUACUCUACUACAUGAACUACCUUACCAAGUACCUUGAACUGAUCGACACGGCCUUUCUCGUCCUUAAGAAGAAGCCGCUUACUUUCCUCCACACCUAUCAUCAUGGCGCGACCGCACUGCUCUGCUACACUCAGCUUCUCGGUCAAACAUCAGUCUCCUGGGUGGUUAUUACGCUGAAUCUGACAGUCCACGUUGUCAUGUACUGGUACUAUUUCCAAGCCGCUCGCGGUGUUCGCAUCUGGUGGAAGAAAUACAUCACCAUGCUUCAGAUCAUCCAAUUCGUCAUCGACUUGGGCUUCGUCUAUUUCGCUUCCUACACCUACUUCGCCAACAGCUACUUCCCAUGGGCACCCAACGUCGGUACUUGCUCCGGAGAGGAAUUCGCGGCUUUCGCUGGCAUGGGUAUUCUCAGCUCUUAUCUGCUGCUGUUUAUCUCUUUCUACUUCGCCACCUACAGAAAACAAACCGUCUCCGGAAGACCUAGAAGAAACACUGGACGGGAAGCCCUGAUCGCCAUGAAAGAUCUCCCUCUCCCGGACCCACAUUCUCUUCCUCCUGUCUUUGAUGACGAGAAGUCCAACGGUGCUGUCAGCACAGGUCGCUCAAAUGGACCUACCACAAGAUCACGAAAAGCCUAGGUGGCUGAAGUGGACGACCGUUUCAAUGACGAUAUCUUCCCACCAUUGACGAGGGUACAAAACCAUGUUCCACGGAACAAAAGCAGUGAAGAUUUCAUCCGACAACAGCUUGACAGCGUUUCUCCCGACCUGUCAAAAUACACUUGCCCCGAUUAUGUCUAGAAUUGGGGAUGCAUCAAUAGCGCAGGAACAAGGAGUUGAACAAGUUGAGGCUUAUAGACGGGGUCGACGGUAGGCGUGGUAAGACUACCACAGCUGCGGCUUGCGACUUUGCCACAUGUACGAUUACCGGGCGUUGAAGAAAAGUGAGACCACAGCCAGACUUCAGGGCUGAGUCUGGUGUGGUUGUAUUGAGUCGGGCUUCGUUUGUAUUUGUGUAAAUAGUGCGUACUUACUAUUAAUACUGAGACAUAAUGCGAAACAGGUA